AGGGUCGUGCCUGUCGCCCUUAUCUGCGAGUUGUUUGGAAAGGAUUUACGAGACAGGAGAAGAGGGGACGUCCCAGCAACGAUCACGUGUGUCUCCAUCAAAACAGUCAUUGUUGGCGAGCGGCCAGGAGCUGUAUGGGGCACUGGCAGUAGUGACUGAUCUCCUCUCCAUGGCCCAUCGUCCCUCCGGCUCUGGCUCCUACACCGUGGUGAUCAUCCCCCUCAGGACCAACCUCUACAGCCUGGACGCCCUACGCUUCUACCUAUGGAUUAAGCGUAUGAAGGACCUAGAGAAGGAGAAGGACGCCCUGUGGUCCGGGCUGGAGAUCCUGGAGAAGACUCGUCUAUGGUACCUCCAGAGGCUGGAGGAGAACAAGGCCAGGCAGGACAGCAUCGAGGCCCAAAGUGGUGUCUGCUGCAGCCUGGAAGGGACAGCAGAGGCUCGUUCCUGCCUCCUCAGGUCUCUCAUCCAGCGGGUGAACGGCUCCCUGGGCUCAGUGAUGAGCGAGCCCAAUGUCACCAGCGGCAGCGUCCCUUCUCUACCUGAGGCGGUGGCAGACAGCGACCUCCGAUGGCACAACACAGUACUGACUCGGGAGGUGAGUGACAAGAAUCGGCGGAUCUCCAUGUUAGAGUUGGAGAAAGACGCUCUCCUCGAACAGCUGGAUGAGCUGCAGACCCACUGAUUGAUUACACGGUCGACACAACUUUGUAAAUAUGUAUUUAAAUGAAUAAAUGGCAGUAAAAGAUG